AAUUGCAUUAUUUGGUAUAAUGAUGAUGAGGACGAUACCUUACUGAUUCUGGAGGAAAAACCACGAUCACUUGCGGCGAAGACAAAACUGCAAAAACUAGGAGAAAUUUCAUUCGUCAUUGUCCCUCUUCACGGUAUUCUAGACUUAAACCAUCACAACCCCAAAAACCCCAAAAUAUCAAGGCCAAAACCCUAGAUAUUUGUUGGAAGACCGCGAAUCUUGAAGGGGGAUCAGGGGGAGUGAAUGGAGAUUGAGGAGAACAAGAGGCAACAGUGUCGUUCUUCGGAGGAUGGAAGCGAGAGCGGCGACUACACGUCGGAGGACGAAGGGACGGAAGACUACCGGAGGGGAGGGUACCACGCGGUCCGAAUCGGCGACGCCUUCAAGAAUGGCCGCUACGUCGUCCAGAGCAAGCUUGGCUGGGGUCACUUCUCAACCGUCUGGCUCGCUUGGGACACCCAUUUCUCUCGAUACGUAGCUCUGAAAGUGCAAAAGAGUGCGCAGCAUUAUACCGAGGCGGCGAUGGAUGAGAUAACCAUCCUGAAACAGAUUGCUGAGGGCGACCAAGAUGAUAAAAAAUGUGUAGUGAAGCUUUUGGAUAAUUUCAAGCAUUCGGGUCCUAAUGGGCAGCAUGUUUGUAUGGUUUUUGAGUACUUGGGGGAUAAUCUUUUGACUCUUAUCAAGUAUAGUAAUUACCGGGGUAUGCCCAUUCAUAGGGUGAAGGAUAUCUGUUAUCAUAUUUUGGUGGGGUUGGAUUACUUGCAUAGACAGCUUUCUAUCAUACACACUGAUUUGAAACCAGAAAACAUAUUGCUAAUGGCAACGAUAGACCCUGCUAAGGAUCCAAGAAAGUCAGGUGCUCCUCUCAUUCUUCCAAAUAGCAAGGAUAAGGCUGCAAUGGAGUGUGGGGCUGUGAAGGAAAAUAAGACCUUAAACGGGGAUUUGACUAGGAACCAGAAGAAAAAGAUUCGAAGAAAGGCAAAGCGAGCAGCUCAGGGCUGUGUGGAGAAGGAAGUUUCAGUCGAAGCUGAGACAGAUCCAGAAUCAUCUGGUGCUGUAGAGUCUUCUUCUAAUGUGAAGUUGAAUUUGGGUUCUGUAGAGGACCAGCCUGCUAGUUCUGUCAAUACAGAUAGAUUAUCAGAUGCUGAUGGAACAAAGGGCACUGGGCAAGGGAAUCACAGUGCCAAGCGCAGAAGCCGCAUCAAUAGGCAGAAGUUGUUGGCAUCGGUUGACCUCAAGUGCAAGUUGGUUGAUUUUGGCAAUGCAUGUUGGACAUACAAACAGUUCACGAAUGACAUUCAGACUAGACAGUAUAGGUGUCCAGAGGUGAUCCUCGGAUCUAAAUAUUCUACUUCGGCCGAUCUCUGGUCAUUUGCUUGCAUUUGUUUUGAGCUUGCAACUGGUGAUGUACUCUUUGAUCCCCAUAGUGGUGACAACUUUGAUAGAGAUGAGGAUCACUUGGCAUUAAUGAUGGAGCUUCUUGGAAUGAUGCCACGCAAGAUUGCCUUAGGUGGCCGCUAUUCGCGGGAUUUCUUCAAUAGAUAUGGUGAUCUGAGGCACAUCCGUCGUUUGCGUUUCUGGCCCCUGAGCAAGGUUCUCGUUGAGAAGUAUGAUUUCAGUGAGCAAGAUGCGAAUGACAUGAAUGACUUCCUGGUUCCAAUCCUUGACUUCGUCCCUGAGAAGCGGCCCACUGCAGGUCAGUGCCUUCUUCAUCCAUGGAUCAAUGCAGGACCUCGUCUUUUGGAGCCAUCUUUGCCUUCUACUCAAAACCAAGCAGCGGAAAGUAUCAUUUCUGAGAAAAAGAAGAGGGAGAAGGAUGAGAGGGUAGCAAUGGAGGUUGGAAUGGAGAAUAUUGCUAUAAAUUCAGAGUCUAAACCAGUCAAAGAUUCUCCAUCUAACGAUAAACCUUCCAAGGGAUCCACUGGUAGUUCAUCUAGUUAGGGCCAUGGCAAAUGUUUCUUAGAUGAUCCUGCCUUGUCGUACUCUUGUGCAAGUUUUGCUUGAUAGCUGCUGGCAAUCGAAUGAGGUUUUGGUUUAAAUAUUUGGUUUUGUGAAUGGGCGUUGGGUGGAGAGCAUUUGGUUCGAAUGUGUCUAAGGAGCUAGAGCCAAGCAAUAGCUUGAACAAAAUUGAUGCUCUAAUUCUAUGAAAAAUCUUUUCUAAACACAUUUAUUGGACUGUGAACACUUUGCAUCUGUCGGGACAUUUGUGGCAUCCCUUACCACUAACUUGUUCAUGAACAUUGUUAAGUUGAAUCAUUACAGUUCUAUUCAUGUACUGUAUCCAAACUCUUGAUAUGAAACUAUUGAGACAUUCCUCAAA